GUGAACGCACAUGAUCUUCAUCCCGUGAUCCCAAGGGCCAAGCGCUUCAAGAUCCCUCUAUCUCUCUUUCUUUUUUACCGCCUGCCUGCUCUUAGUCUUCAGCUAUGGCUUCCCCCCGCUUGGAAACUUUUUGCUGCCCCACUAGGGAUGCGGCUACGGAUUUUGUGCUGGGCUUCCAGCCUGUCUUCUUUAACGCCAUCUGCGUUGCUAGCGCCAGUUUCAGUCUGAUUGGCACCCUCGCCCAGGUCUUGCCAAAACGGAGGUUUGGCUACCGCAGGUCCAGUCAGUACCCACUGCAGAAACCUUCCGCCUCUUCCAGGAUCCUGCUGAUUAUCAGUAUCUGUGACAUUCUAGGCUGUAUAGGAAUAAUAACGAGGGCAUCAGUGUGGCUUAGCUUCCCAGAUUUAGUUAGAAGAAUCUCACUUAAUGGAACUGAAAUGUGGCCGACAGCUUUCUGUGUCAGCAGCGCUAUUUGGAUUCAGCUGUUCUACAGUGCCACCUUCUGGUGGCUAUUCUACUAUGCUGUGGAUGCUUAUCUUGUUGUGAAGCGAUCUUCUGGGCUAAGUAUUCUAGUGUUGUACCACAUGCUGACCUGGGGCUUGGCGAUCCUGCUAUUGGUUGAAGGUGUAGCCAUGCUUUAUUAUCCAUCCAUUUCCAGCUGUCAGAAUGGACUAGAACAUGCAAUCCCUCACUACAUCACAACCUACAUACCUCUGUUGCUAGUUCUGCUUGUUAACCCCAUACUGUUUGGGAAGACUGCUUCUGCAGUUGCCUCACUAUUGAAGGGAAGGCAAGGCAUAUAUACAGAAAAUGAAAGGCGUUUGGGGAGUCAGAUUAAGUUAAGAUUUUUCAAGAUUCUGCUUGUAUGUUUUAUUUGCUGGCUUCCAAACCUCAUCAAUGAGGGUCUUUUAUUCUACCUUGAGCUGCAGCCAGACAUGAACCGAGAGCUGCUAAAGAAUGUCAAGAAUGCGGCUUUGAUCACAUGGUUUACAAUGAGUAUCCUGAAUCCAAUGCAAAGCUUUCUCAGCACGUUGGCCUUUUAUGGUUGGACUGGAUGGGAUUUUGAUUUCAGAUUUCAAAAGAACGAGAUUCAGUGGGAAUUUCCAACGACUUCUACUACAGCCGAAAAUGAGUAUGACAAUCCUGUGGCAGCUUCGCUCUAUUACCACGAUAACCUACAAGAACGUGAAAAGGUGAUGACUGAAAAUAGUCACGACAGUAAUGAUGAGCUUUGUGCCCUCUCUGAAGGUAAUGGGAAAGCAAAUGGUUUCUUUGCAUCAAACUCCCCGGUCUAUCAGGGGCUGUAACUGGUUUUCUCAAAGUACCCAGAAUCAUACCAUGACUUCUGCUGCUAACCAUUCUUCUUAAUCACUUUGAAGGUUCCCUGCUGUUAAAGAAUGGGAGAAUGCCCAAUCAAUAUUGAUCUGUGGUCAACCAGCAGAUGGUCUGCUGAAAGUGAAAAUCUCUGCCUGAUCCUCCUCCACAAUUGGUUGAUUAUUGAGAUGUUUCGCACAGUCUUCCCUUCAAACCCAUUGAUUUCCAGCAUUUUUUUAAGACCACAGAACUCCUCACAUCCCUCAUUUUUCUUUUCUCCUGCUAUCCCUGCAUUUUUAAUUCCAAUCUCCACCUACCUAGAACCACAUCAUGAUUUAUGGGAUCAUUUCUGGCACUCCUUUAAUCCAUGUCUUGCAAAGGAGUUAUCCUGGAUGUCCUGACCAAUAUUACAUCCCUCAAUCCACAUCAGAACAACAGGUUACCUUA